AUGUCACUAAAUAAUUUUUUUGAAUUAUCGGCAUUAAAUAAAAAUAAACUCACCUGCAUGAUUGAAGCUGUUAAAAUCGAUUUACUUGAAAACAUGAAGAAAUUUGAGGAUAUUUUAAAGGAUACAUCACGAAACGACAAUUUCCUGUUGGAAAAACAAAUCAAUACGUGUUUUGAGUUGCAGUGCAAAAUCGACGAUUAUUCAGACAAACUUAAGGAAAUGGAAUUAAAGGAUGAUUACUCGGAGUCAGCAAACACUGUGAUUGAUUUUAUUUCAAACAUUCCAAACAUCGUGAGCGAUUUGGGACCUGAAUCAUUGAUCGUUGUUACGUCUGAAAAAGUCGGCAUGCAGUACGUACAAUUAUUACACGAUUUAGAAGUGAAGAACGUUAUUAUAACCACGAUCAGGGCGUUGACGACGGGCGAAGUGAACGUCACGUUGGGCAAUGUGAAAACUGCGCUUCUGGAUGGAUCUGAAGCAGAAUACCAGAAGUUCGUUGGUAGCGAAGCCGUACGGUUGGUCAUAGAAGACCACGUGCCGGCCGAUCGGCUGUACCGCGUAUGGGGCGAUGUUCACCGUCACCAGUGUUUUGCAAUAGUUCAAACAAUUAAUGGUAACGGUUAUGACGAUAAUAAUAAGAAUAUAAUGUCAUAA